AGGAUCAGGGUGAUAUUGAAGAACACAGAGGAUAACUUAAGCAUUCAUAUCUCAAAGAAAAAUGCUUCUUCCUAUCUGUAGCCUCUUUUCUCCUACUUCAUUCGCUUUGUCAUCCUCUUCCCUUUGCUUGCCUCUCCUUCCUCCACGACCCUAUCAAAGAGACCCUCCUUGUAUCUCCACCAAGUUUUGGGAUGAAAAGCUAGAGAAGGAACUAAUCGUCGCAACCGGCGUUGACGUGCCGACCCAUAGACAAGCAGCACUGCUACAUGGAUGAUUGGCAGGUCCAGUCUGGUAAUGGUAAUUGUCGGUGCCGGUUGGCUUGCUACCUAGCACUGCAAUGGCAAGAGGCUCAUUACUGGGCACGCCAAAAGUGUGACAUCAGAUAAAAUCAAUAAUUUAUU